AUGGAUACUCAAAAUAUUAUUGUCAAUGCUGAUGAAAGCAAAUAUUGUUCCCGUUGUAAAAAAACUAAACCAGUCAUUGAAUUUACAAAGCAGUCCGGGGGUAAGACAGUAACAUUUACCAGAUGUAACCUUUGCAAUGAACAGGAUAGAAAAAGUAGACAAAAUGCUAGAGCUGUCGUUGCUAAAAGUACUUCAUCUUCAGCCCAAAGUAGGCAAAAUGCCAGAGCUGUUAUUGCUGAAAAUACUUCGCCAUUGAUCCUAAAUUAUGAUGAAAGUGAUGAAACCGGAAUUGACAACGAAAAUAAUGAAGACGAACUUUUUUAUGAUUUUGGUGAUCUUGAAGAACUCGUGUCUGUUAAUUUCAAAGAUAGUGAAGAAAAAAAUAACCAUGUCAAAUUUUCUAUAAAAGUAAAAAUUGAAAGGGAAUUAGUUAAUGAGAAUAUAUUAUUGCCUGAAUUUGACCAAAAUGAAGAAGCUGAAAAAUUUCAUAAGAUUAUUAAUAUCAUGAUUGUGCCUCUUCAAACAGAAUCAGGGUAUUAUUGGGAGCUUCAAUACUUGUAUGUUAAUAAAAAAAAUGGGCAAUAUAUAGGAUGUGCAACAGCCCAUCUAGGUUGUACACAAAAGCUUGAACGUAAGUAUAAAAAACCAGAUGAACAACCUGUGAAGCGGGUAAGUGAAGUGCAUUCUGCUAUUGAAUGCUAUCCAUGCCAUGGCACUAUAACAAUCAAAAUAGACCUAUGUGAGCAGAUGCUAAAAUAUCAAUAA